GGCUUUUCCAUUUUUGCUUUUACAACUAAGCUCUGUACAAGCAUUCAAUUUGUAGAAACUAUAGAACCAUCAUUUUGGGCUUAACUGGAAUCUACAAGACCAAAAUUAGAAUGCACAAGCACAAGGCUCCAAGAAAGACUCCCUGUCGAAUCGAAAACCCAGUGUCGAAGGUUCGUAUAUGAUUCCAAACCUUCCAUCGUCCAGUCUCUCUCACCGGUCCCCGCCCCACCAUUCUUGCAGCAUAUUUCCAUAGUGAGUGAGUUCCAGAGGAAGAAACCACUCCCAGAUAUAGAGCCUGGCAUUUCUCCGAUGUAAACAAACAGAAUCCUCGGCACCCAAAAAGAAAAGAUGAUUGGGUUUUCGUUGAAACCUUCGUUUCCUCUGUUGCUGCUACUUUCUGUACUCUUUCUUCAUCAUCAUCGCCACAUUCUGGCGGCUCCAAGUUCCCAGCACCAUCCCGCUGCUGAAGAGAAGUCGCCCUUGUGGUCGUGGAUCAAGGCUGGACCAGUACUGUCGUCCGUCAACAGGAAAGCCGGAGGUGGAAGGGGAGCCGGAGGGGGAAAAGGGGGGAAAGGCGGUGGAGGGAGAGUUCCACUAUAUGCAGCUGGAGGGGCGGCUGGAGCUGCCGCAGCUGCUACCGGGAUUGCUGCAACUGGAUCUCACCACCGCAAUGGCGCAGCCUCGAAAGGUGGGAAGCCCGGCCGCACUCUGCCACUUGCAGUCCUGUUGGCGGUUGCUCUGUUCUUUAAGCAUUUUGCAUAGAGAUGAUAGAUGUGGGGUUGUGUUAGGAGUAACGUUGCUACGAGAUGUAAUCGUGAAUUUGUGAAUGUAGGUAGGAAGCUUUGGGUUUCUUAUCUAUGGAUGCUUAUUGUGAUUCAUCAACUGUAGAGGAAUUAUGUUUUGAGGCUGGUUAAUCGAAUUGGUAUUAUAUGAUCGAUUUGGAAGUGGAAAGAGAUAGGAGUGG